AUGACUGUCCCAGAGCAAUAUGGUCGGCGGUUGAUUCCCCAGAUAUUAGACAGUUUGGCUUCUGUCGAACCUCACCGCAUUAUAUACUCGGUGGCAAAUUCCUCGAAUAUCUCUCAUGGGUUCCAACACAUAUCUGCUCGAGCUUUUGCAAAGGCAGUUGACAAGACCGCUUGGUGGUUGCAUAGUCAAGUUGGUGAAAAAAGGGUUGUCCGGGCAGCGGCUUACAUUGGACCUCAAGAUGACCUCCGGCACGUUCUGUUGACGUAUGCAUGUGUCAAGGUCGGCUGCACUGCCCUAUUUCUGUCCCCCAAAAAUAGCACCGAAGGCGCACUCGCAGUGCUUGAAGCUGCAAAAUGCAGCGUUUGGGUCAACCCAUGCGGGUAUUCAUGUCCUCUGGUGGAUGACAUCCUGCAGAAGCGCAGUAUGAAGGUGUUCCAUUUACCAGAAUUGGACGAACUGCUCAAUGCAGAGACGACUGAAUCGUACCCAUACACUAAGACUUUUGACGAAGCUUCUCAAAACCCGUUUUGUUUACUUCAUACCUCCGGAUCGACUGGCCUUCCAAAGCCGAUCGCGUGGUCGCACGGCCUGAUCGGUACAAUGGAUGCUGGCGCCGGUAUCAUCAUGAACAUCCUCCUGCCGUCUCUCUUCGGUCUACACUGUAUCAUGGGCCCUAAAGGUGUAGUGCCUAACAUGAACCUUAUAGAAUCACUUGCAGACCAUGCAGAGAUCGAUAUUUGGAGCAUGGUCCCGUCAUUAGUCGAUGAGCUUGGUGAAACGCCCGAUGUCUUGGUCAAGCUCAAGCAAUCCAAAUUCAUCUGCGCUUCCGGUGGCCCAGUCAGCCCUCUCAUCGGAUCAAAAGUAAACGAUGUCGUCCGAGUUCUAAACCUGACCGGUACUACAGAAGGCCUGUUUAUGGGGAAUCUAUGGGUAGAAAAACAAGACUGGUAUUAUUUUGCCUUUCACCCAUUCUCCGGAUUCGAGUUCAAGGAAGUAGAGUCAGGCGUCUAUGAACAUUGGGUACAUCGCAACGACCACUGGCCCCUAUUCCAAGGUAUCUUUCAUACUUUCCCGAAUGAAAGGAGUGUCAACUUCAAAGAUCUAUACACCAAACACCCUACUAAGCCGAAUCUAUGGGCUUACAAAGGGCGCAAUGACGACAUCGUUGUGUUGUCUAACGGCUAUAAGAUCUCCCCGUUCGAAACAGAGGCUUUGAUCGGAGCAGGGAAGCCUCAGGCAGGUCUUCUGAUUGAGCUUGAAAACCCAACUUCCAAGACCAACGUGGUAUGGGAUAGUAUCUGGGCUACAAUUGAACGCGCCAACGCAUUGUCGUUGCACAAAAAUCAGGUGCAAAGUGAUUACGUCGCUUUCGCUGAACUAGAUACACCUUUUUCCCGCACUGAUAAGGGAACGGUGAAGCGACGGGCCACGCUCGAGGCGUAUGCUGAUUACAUCGAGCGCUUCUAUAGCUCGCGGUCGGACCAAGACACCGAGCAGUCCUCACCUGCUAUUAAGAAGGCCGCACCCGACGAUGACCUCUUCGCCAUGGGCUUCGAUUCGCUGCUCGGUUUUCGUGCUAUCAAGACUCUUCGCGUAGCCACCGGGCUUCGUGACCUGUUGGCCCCAAGGCAUCUCUACGGCAGCCCUACACUCCGCCAGUUCUCAGCGACGUUGGCUCAGCUGGUGGCCGACAUGCAUAGGAAGGCGAUUGACAGAUCAGCUUCGAAUGGAACGGUUGCAGACAACGUCGCCGAGAUGUACCGCAUGAUCAAUUUGCACCGCAUGCGUCUCUCACAAAAGGUUAGCCCUUUCGACCAGAUGAGCCCCAACAUAUAUCUGGGCAUGAAGUUUUUCUACCAGCUCCGCAAGGGCGCCCGUUUUGAAGACGUGUUUGUACGAUUACAGGCAGGGCUGCGUCGGGCCAUGACAUUCAUUCCCGAGCUCGAGGGUAAGCUGAUGCCCUGUUCGGAGGACGAGAUAGGGUACAAGAAGGGUGACAUGCGCAUUUCGAUUCCCCCGGUGCCUUGUACGGCGACGGCGAACCGCAGCACCGAGUCAUCCAGGCCACGACAACUGCGUUACCAAGACCUUUCGGCGGUGCUCCCGUCCUUUGCGGAGCUUCGUGCCGGUGGCUUCGCGUCUUCAGGCUUUGCAGAUGAUGUCUUACUUUCAAGCCCGUUGCUGCCGCCGCUGCCGGCCGACUUGUUCGUCGCGCAGGCCAAUUUUAUCACUGGUGGCUGUAUCCUAGCCAUCAACAUGCACCACCAAUGCUUCGACGGCACGGGCACCAUUAUGGUGAUGCGUAUCUGGGGUGAAUGCUGUCGUUAUGUGCAAGGCGAUGCCUCGGCGACGUGCGCCUGGCUGGACAAAGAGAGUUUGAAUCGUAAUCUUCUGCAAAUUCUACACGAGAUGGAGGGGUAUGCGAAACCGGCAGGCCAAGUAGACAAGAACGUAUGGGGCUUCAUCGACAUCCCGGAUCCGGCCGAGACAGGGACGGAGUCUGUGACCGAAAUUAAGAACCUCGUCACCGAGUCGUCGCUCCCUCCGGCUCCGUUCUUCCCCCGGAAUUUUCAAUGGCCGCCGAAACCCCUUCCCAACGGCCGACACUUGGCUUCAUCCACCUUUAUCAUUCCGACCGAAAUGAUUGAGCAGCUCCGGCAAGACGUUCUGGCUGACCCCGCAGCCGGGGGCCUCAUCUCGGACAGCGACAUGAUCCAAGCAUUCGUUUGGCGAGCGGCCGUCAAAGCGCGUCGCCAUGUGGCGAUACAGCUGCGCGACGAGACCUUUGAAACGGAUGAGAUGGCCAUCGUUGAGUUGCCUAUCGAUGCCAGGCCUUAUUUCUCAAAGCUGCUGCCAGAGUCGUAUAUGGGCAACCUCGUCGUCAUCAACCGGCCGAGCAUGCCGGUGGCGACGCUCUGCGGCACAGAAACAACAGUGGCGCAGAUUUCACAGGUGCUCCGCGCUGCUGCUGUCCACAUCACGCCUUCAUUAGUCCAUGAUGCAUUCACGCUGCUGCAGUCAGUGCCUGACUACACCAAAGUGACUACCGCAUGCAUGGAGCUGGAGGGGAUGCACACCGCCGUUAAUAAUUUGAUGCUUUUCCAGACGAGUGCUAUCUCUUUCGGAGACGAGUUCCUGGAUGAUGGCGGAGUGCCAUCUGCAAUGCGCGUGCAAAUGGAUGCUAUCAACGCGGCAUUCCGCAUGUUGGUUAUACACCCACUGCGCGAGGACGGUGGGAUCGAGCUUGUCAUUGGCACGCUGCCAGAAGAACUUGAUGCGCUGCUGGCAGAUGGCGAGUUUACUAGGUAUUGUAGGUUUUACCACGAGCAUAGAGUCACUUUGGUCCCUUCAGCUGAUUUGAGACAACUUCAUCGUGUCACAGUUGUAGGGAGAUCAAUGGAUGAUGAGUCUAGCCAUUAA